GGCUCGGUUAUCGAUCACUUAAAAGCUGAAUCUUUUCAUUGUGGUUCGGUAGGUUGAUCUUGCAGCGCAGUAAAGCUUAAGCGGCCAAUCCUUCUAGAGGCGCCAAGGCAUGCGCGCAGGUCUUAUGUACCUUUUUUUCCUUUCUUACCGUCUGUCCCCUCGCAGCGGUCAAUACCGGGAAACCAGUUGGUGGUCCUGGGUUUUCCGUUGCUCUCUCUCCCUAAACUUCGCUCCCCCAUACAUUGCUUUUCGAUUGCUUUUCGAAGUGCGCACUAUAUGGGAGUGUGCCGGUCUAGCAUUCCGCACUGAGGAUUUUGCUUUGUUCUUAUGCUACCUAUUUUGCAUGGUUGAUAUGGUUGGUCUAUGCUUCUCUCAUGUCUUACUACAAACUUGAUAUAUUGGAAGGGUGGCGUUGCAGGAUACUGAGCUAUAGAGGGAUGGGGUUGGCUAUGGAUGUGAAGUAGACAUUGACUAGAUGUAAUAAAAGCGAGGCACUUACAUGAUGCUUAGUUGGGACCGAUCAAUACCCGCUGUAGAUGAUUACCUGCAUUAUAU